AUGAUACUCCUAAUUGCUACAAUCUUCCCACCAGUGAUUGUAGCUGCACUUAGAAGAUUCAAAAGAAAACUCAAUACGUGGUCAGUGUUGUCGCCAACAUGUAAAUGGGCUGAAGAUAGUGGUAAGGAUGGUUCUUUCUGGCAUGCAAUUGGUCUUAUCCUAAUGAUCACAAAAAUCACUCUAGCUGUUGUGUUUAUAUACUCACUUCAGUAUAGAGAAUCUAAUUUGGCUAGAUCAAUUGUUAAUCGGCCUAAAAUUUCAACCGCACUAACCAUAAUAUUCUAUAUGUGUAGUGAAUGUAUGCUAGCUGCAGGCUUCGCAGGCGUCAUGCGUGAUGCUGGAGGCGAAAAAUACGUGCUACCAGCCCAAUACAUAGGAGCGCUAUUUAUGAUAUUUUUGGCCUUUUAUUCAGAGGGAUACAUUAUAGAAUAUAAAAGUCAUGAUCCUGCUCAUUGGCCCACAGAAGGUAUGACUAAAUGGAACGCGUUCUGCUAUUGGUGUAAAAGAGCCAGCAAAAUAACUAAUCAUAAUCUUAGAUCAUUGUUUACAACUGAUUUACGUAGAGAUUUACUUUUAUGUAUUCAAAAGAAUGAACAUUUCAUGUAUGUAUUGGUCUUGUAUGUAUGUAUGUUUGUGUUUGUGUGUGUGUUUGUGGUAUUAUAUUUGCUUUUGGGAAACAUAAUGGAGAUAAUUCAGAAAAUGACCGCUAAAUCGAAGUCAGACUUUAAGUUAACCCACACCGAAGCACAAAACAAUCAGAAUGAUAAGCUUGGAAAACUCAUUGUGAUGAAACGUCAUAAAUACAGGUUCAUCAUAAUUCCUUCCAUGGUGACUAUGUGGUCAGACUGCUCACCUCAAACCAAAUACGUAUGGCAUUGGACCUAUGGCAACUAA